GGCGUUCCGAAGAAUCAUCUCCAAGCGUUUUUUGUUCACCAAAAAACGAGACCUCAUAACUCCCCCCGAGCCCGUCACCGAAGAAGGCUUCGUGACACGCUUCCUCACUCGAAAGUCCAUUAAUCAGUACUCAGUGCCCAAACCUCCCGAGUUUCUCUACGCGCCUGUCGGGGACAGGCUGCGAGAGAAACUCUGGCCGCUCAAUAAAUCAUCUUCGGAUCAUUUACGUUUUGAUAUGGGUAGCGAAACUCUUCGGGCUGACAAUCUUGACGGGGUGUCAUUGUCAGUGCCUGACGUGAAAAAGAUGUGGAAGUGCUGGCAGAUGGAGAAACUGAAAGCGAAGCUGGGAGAAAUGAAUGCGAGCUCGAUUUCGUAUUCGGAAUUUACGAAAAUUUGCUGCGAGGUGUGUGAAAAUCAUGAGCGGGGCUUGGAGUGUGCCAAAAUGUUGGAUGAUGCGGGAAAUGUUCUUGUUGCAGGCCAUGUCGUGUUUCUCCGUCCCGAUCAGAUUGCGAGAUCAAUGGAGAAGCUACUCUAUGAAUCCACAGCUCUCCCAAAUGAUCCAAGAAAACAAGAGCUUGACAAGCUAGAGAAAGAGAAGGCUGAGCUGGACGCCAAAGCUGAGUCACUCGUCCGACGUGAGCUCUAUUGUGGGCUGGGCUUUUUGCUGGCCCAGACCAUGGGCUUCAUGAGGCUCACCUUUUGGGAGCUAAGUUGGGACGUUAUGGAGCCCAUUUGCUUCUUUGUCACCUCGCUUCACUUUGCGCUUGCGUAUGGGUUUUUCAUCAGGACUUCUAAAGAGCCCACUUUCGAAGGCUAUUUCCGACGUCGUUUCGUGGUCAAACAGGCCAAGCUGAUGAGGGAUCACAACUUUGACGUCGAGAAAUAUGAACAGCUUCGCAAGGUGUUUUAUCCCGGUUACGGAAAAAGCGAGAUUAUUUGAUUUUCGGUUUUAUUAUCGUGAUCGGGAAUAAUAUUAGUAUGGUUUAAUUGGGCCUAAAAUUAGAAAUGUAAAUGUAUGUUGCGGAAUUGUCUUGAAUCGUUUAGUUCUAUUUAGAUGUAUCGAUCAGCAAAUCCACACAGAGAGAACCUGCUGCUUAUCUUUAAUGCAAUUUCUGAAUUGUUAGAUCUUUUCGUGGCGGAU